AUGGCUGAUAAAUCGAAACCAGAGUUCAUCUCCACCUCAGAGAUGUUCACUGAAAUCGAAGGAGAGUGGGGCUACAGAUACACCGUCGUGAUCUACCGUAUGGGCAAAGCAUUCUACAGAGGCAAAUCCCACGCGCGCUACCGCUCUGAGAAGGAUGUCAAUCUCGAAGAUAUCUACGAGAGCAAUUUGAUCCCAAUAGCUCAGCUCCAUCCCAUCUUUCCGAAGCAUUUCACCCAGUCUCCUGAGCCUACCCCUCAGCAUUAUUAUCUAAAACCACCUAAGCUAUUAUUGUACGAACCUUCAUGCCCUUCUGGCCUUAGCGAUCUCAUGUUACAAGAAGCCACUACCUGGGAGACACUUAUUCGUUACCCCCACCCAAAUAUCGUGAAAUAUUACGGGUGCCAGGUUCAGAAUAAUCGCAUCACAGGCCUCUGCUUUGCUAAACACCAUGAUACACUGGCAUCCAGAGUAAAUCCUGGUCAUUCCGCAAAGCGUCAUUUCGAUGCCACCAAGCGACCUCUAAAAGACCUGAAGUCAUUUCUGGAAGGUGUUGAAAAGGGUCUGAAACAUCUACACUCUUUAGGGCUGGUACAUAACGACCUCACCCCUGCCAAUAUUAUGUUUGCUACCGAGAAGGAUGAGACGCCUAUCAUCAUUGAUUUCGGUUCGUGCAGGCCUGUAGGACAUUCCCUACAGGAUGUGGGGAGGACCCCUGAAUGGCACGAUCCAGCCGUUCGCACUACAGUUCCCACCAAUGACACCGAUGCGUUGAAUGAAAUUGCAGAGUGGUUGAGUCUCAAAGAGAACAAAAGCUACAAGCUUGAGCUGUUUGGUUAG